AAUCGUACCGACCUAUUACUCUUGCAAGAUUUAGAAUCUACCAUUUCUGAGAUCAUCGAUAGAAAAUCUAUUAUAAUUAAACCAAUUGUAAUACAUCAAAUUUAUCUAAUCGCGUCAUUCUUAAAAUCAAACUCGAUGUUAAAACACUCGACACUCAAAAUAAUGAGAAACCGUGUGAGAAACGUCAAUAAUGAUUUCAUUUCAAUACACGUUAUUGGUGAGAACGACUACAUUUUCACAAGUCAGUUAAAAUUAUAUGCAACUGAUUGUACCGUUCAAAAAUGGAUGGAAAAAUUGGAAAAAGAUGAGGGAUACAAUGGUCAGUGUUUAUUAGUUUAUUCUCCGCCAUCGUUUAACAGUUUAUAUGGACAGGAAAAUCUGCCAUUAAUCUCGCCCUUAUCUCCACCGGCACAAGAGAGCCACGUCGAAAACAUGGACCCCGUCGAAAACAUGCAGUAUUCUCUACCCACACAGGAGAGCUUCACCGAAAACGAUGGACCAUUUGGACCACAGUAUAUAUAUAACUAA